AUGCACGCUAAAGCCAUCGAAAAGAGCGAGAUAAGCGAAAAUAACAACCCAGAAAGCAGUUCCGAUGAACUCUCGAGUCUUCGCCAACACCGGAAGCCGAACGACAAACGCAAAAAGGAACCGGACUGGGUCGAGCGCGCCAGGAAACAGGAACAGCAACAAACUCGGAAAUCGCCGUCACAUGAGACAUGCUACCGUUGUGGCAAACUAGGACAUCGCAUAUGUGAUAAAGCCCGAGGCAAGACAUGUAGUCGUUGCGGAAAGAGAAAUCACUUCGCAAAGGCAUGCCGAAGCACCCAGGGCCCCCCAGCACGUAAUGACGAAAUGAAUGCGUUACACUGGGGGGAGACUGCCCCUGUUGAAUCCGCACAGUAUGUUGCACGCGAUAGCAGCGAAGAGGAAAUUUUCACCCUACAAGCUCCCCACCCCGAUAACAACAAAAACAAUGCUAGAAUGUCUCUCCUACUCAAUGGUUUCCCCACAACAUUGCUCGUUGACUCGGAAGCCAGCGUCAACGUGCUCCCUUUACAUGUAUACCAGAAAGUCAAACUACAGGGUUCCAAGCCGGAGCCUACGUCCACAUGUAUCUACCCAUACAGCAGCAGCCAACCUCUCGAGAUUUUGGGCGCGUGUCACAUCACUGUGGAUGCAUUUGGCAAAAGGUCCUCAGUAGAAUUUGUCAUCGCCAACCAUAAGGGCACCAUCAUCCUGGGCAGAGACACGUCCAUGGAAAUGGGCAUUCUUCACCACACUCACGGUCUGCACAGCCUCGCGUCUGAGCAGGAGAACACCGCAACCAAAAUACACACAGAUGCAGCAGCGUCCAAAACCACACCAGCUCCUCGUCGCAGCCUCUUUCCCACAACUGAACAACAAAAUCCUAUCCCUGAACCAGCAUCAUUGCCCACGUCGCUACGACAGAACAACAUCCUUUCCAAGUAUCGCAAGGUCUUCGAGGGACUUGGCCGCGUCAAAGGGGUCGAAGUCGAAAUACAUAUGAAAAAAGGUACCACCCCUGUUGUGCACUCCCCUUCACGCGUGGCAGUUCACCUACGAGAGGCGCUGAAUAAAGAGCUCGACAUCCAAGAGUCACUUGGCAUCAUUGAGCCAGUAGAAGGCCCAACACCUUAGGUGUCACGUAUCGUCGUCGUCCCAAAGUCUACGCCAGGCGAUGUUCGGAUCACACAGGACUGGCGCGACGUCAACGCACACGUCGAGCGAGAGAUUCAGCCCAUACCCACAUUUGAAGAAGCCACAGACGAAAUGGGCGGUUACUACCAUCUGGUCAAAGCUGGACAUGUUCAAGAGUUUCCACCAAAUUGCAUUGCAUCCAAAUUCCAGAAAGUACGCUACUUUUUCCACACCAAGGGGUCUCCGCAGAUGUACCACUCUGGUAAUGGGAUUCACCAACGCUUCAGAAAUCCUCCAACGAGUAAUGAGCAUGGUAUUGUCAGGUAUGCCUGGUGUAAAAUGGAUUCACGAUGACAUAACCAUCUACAGUCGCACCGUACGAGAGCACAACGAGCGUUUUGCCGCCUGCCUCAACCAACUGAAGAAAUAUAACAUCACCCUCAACAAGGCAAAGUGCAUUUUGGGGUCGACAAAGUCACUUUCAUGGCCAUGCAGCUAUCCUCCAAGGGCAUCCAACCUUCUCAACAGAAAGUUGACGCAGUUAAGUACUUUAAAACCCCCAGCAACGUAUCCGAAGUGAAGAGCUUUCUCGGUCUCAUCAACUUUCUCGCUCGAUUCACGCCCAACCUUGCCACGCAACGGAACCCCUCCGACGCCUCACACGCUCAGUAAUAAGUGGAUCUGGGGACCUGAUCAGCAGAAAUCCUUUCAUAGCCUGAAGAACAGCAUCUCGCGGGCCCUAUGCCUGGUUUUCUUCGACAAAGAUCGUAAAACUGAGCUUCGAGUAGACGUCUCGCCUGUGGGACUGGGAUCCAUUCUGUGUCAAAUCCAGGGAGAUGGAACUUCGCGACCAGUUGCCUACGCUAGCCGGUCGCUAAGCGAUGUCGAGCGACGCUACAGCCAGAUCGAACGGGAAGCACUCGCCGUCAAAUUCGGCUGUUUGAAGUUCGACCACUAUCUCAGCGGUGACCCAGAUUUCACCAUCAUAACCGACCACAAGCCACUGCUUGGUCUCUACAAGCCCGGGUCCCGACUUCCUCCAGGCAUCGAGCGUUGGGCGCUGCGCAUUCAACAUCUCAAUUUUCGACUUCGUUACGAACCGGGUCCAAAGAACGCCGCCGAUGUAUUUUCACGACAACCGAUUCCACCCCGAGCUCACGUCAAUCCCGGCGAACAUGCGGAUACCAGAAUGAUCAAUGCCAUCACCACAGCGUCACUGCCACGAGCCUACACCAUCGAACAAGUAAAAGAAGCCACAGCAAAGGACGCGACGCUUCAAACAGUACUCCAGUCUCUCCAGUCAGGCACCUGGAACAAAGACCUUGGUCUCUUUUUUAGCCAUCGAAACGAACUUUCCUUCUCUGACGGGGUCCUGCUCCGAAAUAACCGCAUAGUUAUCCCUCGGUCCCUACAACAAAGAGUUCUCGAGCUUGCUCACCAGGGGCACCAAGGCAUAGCCAAGACGAAAGUCCGUUUGCGUACUAAGGUAUGGUGGCCGGGAAUGUCCACGGAGGCGGAAACAUUCGUGAAACGGUGCCAGCCUUGUCUUGUAGCGACUGAGCCAACAAAACCUAGUUUCACCCCACUGAAACCCGCCACCCUCCCAAAAGCAGCCUGGUUAUUGAUAGGGAUGGAUUUCGUAGGCCCAUUUCCCACCGGAGAAAACCUGUUGGUGCUAGUCGACUAUUAUAGUCGAUAUCCUGAAGUAGAAAUCAUGAAGCAUAUCACGACUGCCGCCCUGGAACCGCGCCUUCGUCGAAUUUUUGCACGCUACGGAGUACCCCAGGAAAUGCUAAAACUUUCCGGUCAUCCAGGUUCUCUAACCUUAUGAGAGAAUUUGGUAUCAAGCACAAAAAAUUAACUCCCCGGUAUCCACGUGCGAAUGGCGAAGCAGAACGGCUAAAUCGCAGUAUCGACGAAGUGGUCAAAACCGCAAUAGCCGAGUCACGGGAUUGGCGUAAGGCCAUCGACGCUUGGCUGUUGGCCUAUCGUACCACGCCCCAUACGGUCACCGGCCAGCCACCAGCAGCCAUGAUGUUCGGACAAAACGUCAACGACAAGCUUCCAACACUACAGCCGUCAGCGUCCAUAAAGAUCAACCGUAUGUCAUACCGACAGCACGACGCCAACAACAAGCAAAAGGGAAAGUGCUACCACGAUAUUAAGAAGAAAGUACAGCCCAGCUCAAUUAAAGUCGGCGAUCAGGUCCUUAUCCGUUCGGAAAAGAAAGGCAAAGUAGCACUACCGUGGCGUGCCAAUACGUUUCGUGUCACCGCCGUCAAGGGUGACUCCAUCCUGAUCGAAGAUGGAAAUCGCCGCCUCAUGCGCCACUCUACGGCUGUUAAGAAAGUGCCAAUAACAGUUACAACUGCCCCAGAUGUUCCAACAACACCUCCAGAAACAAUUGUUGCUCAACGACCUCGUCGCUCUAUAAACGACAACCAGACUAUUACGGUUAUAGUUCUACCGCAUUAUAGGGUUCUAAUCCAUGAAGGGGAGAACUGUAGUGACUGA